CAGUCGUUGCUAGCCAAAGGUUUCAAGGUGACCGUCAAAAUGGCGUCGACCACGGCGAAGGUCAAAUCGCCUUCUCCUACCGCAUCUUACUUGAAGAAACCUGAUAAUAAAGUGCCUUCGAGUUCUAAGUACUUGGACCUUGAUCGCAUUGAAGAUCCAAACGAGGCGAUGAUAUCCAACUGGGCGAAGGGAAUAAAAAGAUGUACGGAUAAACCGAAGAAACGGGCGAUGCCGGGUCAGAACGCUCCGAGUCCUUCUCAUUCGUCCGGAUCGUUAUCAUUUGACCCAUACGAUGAUUAUUACGGCAGGGGCUCGCCAACUCCACCGAACUCAGAAGACGCCGGUAAGGAUCAAGACUAUCGUGUCGGUGCAGCUAAUGACCAAGACUACCGCCUCGUUGGACCCUACGACAUGGACUACAGACGUAAAUCAGCCGGAGAAAUUUUGGAGUUAAAUCCUGAGGAAUCUUCGGAAUUAGGCCCUGACGAAGACAUGUCAAACGAAUUCGGUGACAUCGACGAAAGGCCCCGAACCGCUGGAGCCGGUACUUUGUCAAGAAAAGCCACUAUUUCUGCUGGUGGCAAAUUUUCGGCACCUAAAAAUGAGCCAGGGUGUACCGACAGACGAAGCAAGCGUGCGCAUUCGAACGAAAGCGUUUCUGAUGGCGACAUCAACCAUUUCGCCGACGGCAGCGUCGACAGGCCGCAGACUGAUAAUAAAGGUCGAAUGAAAGGGGGACGAGUAGCCAAAGGCAAUAAUAAACGGUCAAAAUCACCGAUGGGGACACUGAAACGGCGUCGUUUUCGUUGGGAUCGCGGCGAGAGGCCUGCGUGCAAAUUUUUCAAGGAGGGUUAUUGUCGAGAGGGUGAAACUUGUGCCUUUUCACAUGACAUCGACAUGCCAAAGACGAUCGCCGACAAGAAGCCAGAGCUGUGCAAAUAUUACGCGCAAGGUUUUUGUCGCAACGGCAGACGAUGCUCGUUUUUGCAUGGCGAGUUUCCUUGCAAGUUCUUCUACAAAAACGCCUGCAGCAAAGGCAGCCAGUGCCGAUAUAGUCAUGAAAAGCUUAGCGAUGUUACCAAACCGUUGUACGACAAAAUGCUUAAAGACGAGGAGAUGGCUUCGAAGGUCGGCGUGCCAGAUGCUCCUUCUCGCCGCAAGGUCCUUCUUGGAGAGCCGCCGAAGAACGCCAUUCAGGGGCCGCACUUAAAUGGGCCCGCGGGCCCUCAUUUCGAUAAACCGGCGUAUGCUCCAUUGAUUUCACAAGAACCCCCUGACGUAUUGUAUUACGGCUCCUCUGACAAGUCAGUGAACCUCAAGUGCCCCGCUGAGGGUAGCGCUCUACAGAGUACUCUGAGGAGCUUCCCGGAAGUUCUUCUACCGUCCGAUUUCAAUCAUCCCCUCGGCAAUGCUAUGAAGCAGGACGAGAAACGGGAUGCCGGCGGCGCCAGCUUCGACAGCGUCAGUAUCGGAAGCACGGAUAAUUCCUCGAUCUCCUUCGAUAUCACGGCCAUGCUACGACAGAUCAAGGCCCAGAUGAACGGUGACAAAGCAACGGGUAAUUGCUCAUCGUUUGAUAGUCGUUUCUUCUAA